GGUGACUCGCCGCCGAAAUGCACCAGGUGUCGAAUCAACCUGGUCUCACUCUCCAUGUUGCAAAUCGAAAGGAUAUUUCGAUUAAGGGCAAUAAUAAUAAUAAUAAUAAUUCUAGGCUUUCCAGUAAAAUUAUCAUUAGGUCAAAUCUGGUGUUGAUAUCCUUAAUUAUUUGGAGUUUAACACUUCCGGUAACAUUAGCGAGGCAAAAUCAUCAUCAAACGUGUCCGGGGUGUCCGCAUCAGCAGCACGGUCAUAAUUUACAUAGGAGUGCCAAGGAAUCUGGACCAAGUCCGGAUGAUCUUAGGUUGGAGGCUAUUAAACAUCAGAUACUUAUAAAAUUGGGUCUUAGACAUAGGCCCGAUGUUAAUAAAACAUUGGUUAAUGUACCCAAAGAACUGGCGCUCAAGACACUUUACAGGGCUGAAGCCCAACCUCAAAGGCGCGCUGGUAGACGAAAUAAUAAUAAUAAUAAUUAUGAGGAAGGAAAAAAUGAAGGGUACAGCGAAUUUCUUUACAGUGGUGAUGAGUAUUCCUAUAGAAAUCUUGAUCAGAUGGAGGACAUUUCAACGGAUGGUGCUGCGCCAACCACCACACCCUUCCAGGGUUACGACUAUCCUGGCGGGGAGGACGAGGAACCUCAGGAGGAAAUGGACGACUUCUACGCCAGGACGUCGGAGAUUAUCACUUUUGCUGAACCCGGGCGUACGUUAAAUGGUCAACCUCUCCUGGAAUUUUCAAUGUCCAGUGGGGAUCAAGCUUUAGGGCUUUUAAAAAUUAAAAGAGCGACCUUAUGGGCCAGGGUCGAAUUAAAACAUAAUCAUCACUAUCAGCAUCACAAACACAGUCAGAGUAACCAAAGAAAUAUCACUCUCUGGGUGUUCAGGGUACGCUGUGGUAACAUGACGCACUUGCGAGGAAAGGAGCUGGGACAACACUUAGAGCUGGUGACGUCUUUAGGAUUGAACGUUGUCCAAUUGGGGUGGCAAAAAUUCGAGGUGACAAAAGUCGUCAGUAAUUGGUAUCAGGGGAGCGGAUAUUCGCCAAAGGACAAACUAACGCUCCUAGUAGAUUGCACGGGCUGCGGAUCGCACGUGCACAUUUCCACUUUCGGAGGUCAUUCACCUCACGUUGUCGAAUCGACCUUGAAUACCAAAGGUGCUCAAGAUCCGGACAGACCGUUUUUAGUCGUUCGAACGGAUCCAGCGGCUGUGAAGCGUGUUAGAAGACGAGCUGUCGAGUGCAGCGGCGCCGUUAGGGGUCAAUGUUGCAAACAGAGGUUCUACGUUAGCUUUUCGCAACUCGGAUGGGACGAUUGGAUAAUCGCUCCUCAAGGAUACUAUGCGAACUACUGCAGAGGAGAUUGCGCCUCAGGUCACAGGACGCCGGACACAUUCCUCAACUAUUAUACGCACGUAAUUGAGGAAUACAGAAAAAUGGAUCGACUAGCCGGUAUGCAGCCAUGUUGUGCGCCUCUAAAGUUUUCUCCAAUGUCCCUCAUCUACUAUGGACCCGAUUCCAACAUUAUAAAAAGGGAUUUGCCAAAAAUGGUCGUCGACGAGUGCGGCUGUCCUUAAAGAGACUUCAGUACAGAGGCUCAAAGUGCUUCAUGAUCCAAUGGAAGAAAAAUACGAUCCCCAGCGAUCAACACUAAAGAAGAAGAAGAUGAAGAAGGUCCAAAAUAAAAAUGUUUACGAUUCGAAAAUGUGACCCUAUUGAAAAUACGGUCCUAGUAGAAUCGAUGGUCCUUGAUGGAGUAAUUAAGGUUUCAAGUAAAAAAAGAAAAAGGGGUUUCUUUUGAAAAAAGUUGACAAGAAAAUGGUUUAAAAAAAAAUGGUAGAAAAAAUAGAUUGGAAGGAAAAGAGUAAGAAGAGGAUUUAAGAAUUUAAUGGAAUUUGAGACAGGAGAAAGGGAAUUAGGUCGAAGUGACUGGGAUUAAGGUGAGCUGGGUGCAAAAUAUUAAAAAAAAAAAUACCAGGAGAGCAUGAAUUUUUUCUUUUUUGGUCCCUUGGCUUCCCUUGUAAAUAAUUUCCUCUUUAUCGCGCAUACGAAAUGAGAGAGAUUUUUGGAGGUUCGGAACUGCCAGGGACCAGGCACUCUGGCAAUAAAAUAAAAGAUAUUGCGUGAAAUCCCCCAUUUCGCACGAGCGAAUCGCUAGAAGUUUAGGAUAUUCUAGGUAAGUGGGCGAUUCGUUCGUGAGUGUAGGACAAUUUUCUUUUGUCCCGAGAGGAUGUAGCUAGAAUAAUGAAUUUGAGCGCGAAUUAAAAUUUUCAAAGAGAGUUAACGAAGUGGACAAAAUCACAAAUUAAUAAAUAGGGUAAUUGCAAUAGUUUUCUAAUUUUCUUUUUCACUAAAUUUUCACAAUUUCUUUUUCAAUUCUUUAGUUGAAAUCAUUCAUUCUCAAUGGUGGAAAAAAAAAUUUAAUUUAAAUCGAAAAGCUUCUGUUUUUACUGUUAAGUGCGAUAUUUAUUGAAAUUUAAAAAGGAAAUAUUUUAAAAAGUUACUUUAUUGAUAAGUUUAUUAAAUCUUUAGAAAAGAAAAAAAUCUCUAUAUUCUUUUUCAUCAAGACUGAUUAUGUGCUUUUCAAUCGCGGAAUAUAAUUUGU